CACGGCUAGUUUUUCCACGAUCACAAUUCCCGCUCUAUACGCGCGUCUUAUUGGCUCAUCACGCCCUAAUUCUGAAUCAAGCCUCGAUUCCGCAAGUCAAUCUAAUCAGAUCAUCGAAAGGCUACGGACUUAUCUGAUCGUCUGAUACCCUGACUUCGCACGAAACCCUUUUCGUGUGAUACACCGGCGCAAAGUGCCACGCGCCCCUUGUGGCCAACGAACCCACAUAUAUGGAUGAAGAAGCGUCGUUCCCGCCGGUCGCUUCUUCGCCUGUUCUUCGUGCCACGAGCUACGACCCGGGCCUUUCCUCUCCCACUGGCAGCAGCUACGAGUUACAUGACUACCGCCAAAAAGCAAGAAACAUAGCCACAGCCGCAUCAGAUGACGAGCGCGAUCUCUCAGCACAACCCACAGAGAGCUGUUCUCCGUCUCGUAAGAGAAGGAUGUCGCGCGCGCCGCUGCUGGUGCGAUCAUCCCCGGCGCAGGGCACAGGGUCCUACGGAGGUUUACCGAUACUCUCGUUGAGCCCUGAUCAGUCUGACGAGGAUCAUGUGACUAGCGCCGCACGUCAUGGAAAGAAGAAGGCGAAGAGCAGGCUCUCAAAUGCCGUGUCGAACACAUCCCUAAGAAGUAAGCAUGGGCCAGCACGAAGCUCACCCAUUCUUACCAAUUCCACAUCGAGGCGGAGAUUGAGGGAUGAAAGUGGUAGCAGCACGACGCUCAAUGAAGAGCUCGGAGGACAGGAAGCCCACUUUGAAGCACGGUUCAACGCCAGCGCAUUGGAUCCCUCGAUAACUGGAGCAUCCCCUACUCUUGGGAGUACCAAGUCAUCAGAAAGCAGCACCAAUAUCGAUAUCGACGACGACGGUGAAGACAAUGAUGAUGUUUCUGACGGCGACUUACACGAUCACAAAGGCAACCCCUCUGACAACUCUCCCUACGCCCAAGUUCGAGCGUCCGUCGCUGCCACCGACAACAUAACCUUAUCUAUCGAUACACCACGGAUGUGGAUCCUGUCCAUGUUGUUUGCUAUCGCUGGCUCUUCAACUAAUUUGUUUUUCUCCCUAAGAUACCCUAGCGUCAGCCUUACUCCUAUUAUUGCGUUAUUGCUCGUUCACCCUCUUGGUCUGUUUUGGGAUCAACUUCUCAAGCGACCAGAUGAUCCAGAAGAAACCUUCGUCGAUGGCUGCCGAGCCAGCCUUGCUCUGCCGCUUAACACGCCUUGGACCCGCCGGUUCCGACUCUAUCUGGCCAAAGGUAGCUGGAACGAGAAGGAGCACUGCUGUGUCUACGUCAGCAGCAACGUAUCGUUUGGCUUUGCGUUUGCUACAGAUGUUAUUGUCGAGCAAGUGAAGUUCUACCACCAAGACCUCGGUAUCAUGUACCAGGUUUUGCUUAUCCUUUCGACUCAAAUCCUUGGAUACUCGCUUGCAGGGCUUACAAGACGAUACCUCGUACGGCCCAGUGGCAUGAUUUGGCCAAGCACACUAGUCUCAACCGCUAUGUUCACCGCAUUGCAUAAAGAUGAAAACAAGCCGGCCGAUGGAUGGACUAUCUCGCCUCGGAAGUUUUUCACGCGGGUGUUCUCUGGCUCUGUUGCAUUUUAUUUCCUGCCUGGUCUCCUCUUCCCUGCAUUGAGUUACUUCAGCGUCAUCACUUGGUUUGCACCGAAGAACAUUAUCAUUGCCAAUCUUUUUGGAGUAUCAUCCGGAUUAGGCUUGUUUCCUGUGACAUUUGACUGGGCACAGAUUGCCUACAUCGGUUCUCCGCUUGUGACACCAUUUUGGGCUGCCCUCAAUAUCCUCGGUGGACUUGUGCUGGUCAUGUGGAUUGCUGCUCCUAUUAUGUACUAUGCGAACGUCAUGUACUCGUCUUACAUGCCAAUCCUCUCGGCCGCAGUUUGGGACAACACCGGUAAGCCGUAUGAUGUGAGCAAGAUUCUGACCGAUGACUUUCUGUUCGAUGCGGAGGCGUACAAGGACUACAGCCGGGUGUUCCUCCCCAUCACUUACGUGCUCAGCUACGCACUUCAAUUCGCAGCUCUCACAGCCCUGCUAUCGCACACAGCCCUCUGGCACGGCAAAGACAUUUGGAGGCAGUGGAAUCGUUCAUGGGCAGAGAUCCGCAAGGCACCUGCAAGCGACUAUGAACCUCUCAACAGCCUAUUCGAGGGCAACGGGCGCACCUCUCCGAAUGCGUACCGCCACAGGAAUAGCACAACUUCUGAGCCUGACAUGGAAGACCUCCUGGAUGCCGAGGACGUACACAAUCGACUUAUGCGAAGAUACCCGGACGCGCCAAUGACCUGGUAUCUACUCACCGGUAUUACCAUGGCCGCUGUUGGCAUGUAUGUUGUUGAGUACUAUCCAGUCCAUCUCCCAUGGUACGGCCUCCUGUUGGCCCUUGGCAUCGGCGCAAUCCUCUUCAUACCGAUCGGCAUUGUGAUGGCCAUCACCAACCAGCAGAGCAGUAUUUACCUCAUUUGCCAAUUGAUCUGCGGUGGCGUGUUCCCUGGUCGACCCGUCGCGAACAUGGUCUUCACAACGUUUGGGUAUAUCUCUUCGACCCAAGGUCUAAAGUUCGCUUCAGAUCUCAAGCUUGGUCACUACAUGAAGAUCCCACCGAGGCUCCUUUUCAGACUCCAGCUCACAGUCACCAUCGUCUCCAGUCUCACGCAGAUUGGUGUACUGAACUGGAUGUUGAACUAUAUCCCUGGUAUCUGCACAACCGAAGCUAUCAACGGAUUCAACUGCCCCAUCGCACGCGUACACUUCAACGGCAGCAUACUUUGGGGUGUCGUAGGCCCUAAGCGCUUCUUCGGUCCCGGCGCCCUUUACCGACCGCUCGUCUGGGCUUUCCUUGUUGGUGCCGUAUCGCCAGUCAUCCUGUGGUACUUCGCCCGCAAGGAUCGAAAAUCCAUCCUCCGAAAGGUCAAUCUCGCCGUUGUAUUUGGUAGUCUGAGCUGGAUUCCACCCGCUACCGGUCUCAACUUUUCGGUCUGGGCGAUUGUGUGCUACAUAUUCAACUACGAGAUUCGCAACCGCAGGAAGAAUUGGUGGAGGAAGUACAACAUGAUGUUGAGUGCUGCCCUGGACUCUGGAUUAGCGUUCGGUGUCGUGGUUAUUUUUUUCGGCAUUGUGUUCCCCGGCUGGAUGAAGGGGUUCAAGUGGUGGGGCACUGAGGUGUACAAGCAGGGCUGCGACUACACAGCGUGCUCCUAUAAGAACGUACCAGAGGGAUCGACCUUUGGACCGAGCGAUUGGUAGUUCUGGAUACUGCAUUGCGCUGCUGGUUUUUGCAUAUGCAUUGGAUGGGCGUUCUGUUGUGCACAGUAUCCAACAGUGGCGUUCGGUUCUGGAUGUACCUAUGAUCACUAACAGCUCUGACCCAACAAAUAGACUGCUUCAUUUCUUCUUAACUACCGGUGAGGUAUCCUGAAUGGAUGCGCUUCGGUAUUGAGUACAAACUCGUCCAAGCUAAUCUCGCUAGGAUCGCUGAAAAUCAGAUAAAAGUAUUUUAGCGUCUCGG